GAAUCCGAAAGACAAAAAAUCGCACUCAAAUUUCAUUUGCAAUUCCAAACGAAAUCGGCAGUGCAAUUGUGCAAAUUCUCUCUCUAUUCUCAAUCCCUCCCUCACACCCAGCCGCUGCCCUAUGACGGUGUGAUUGCUGUCGUUCGUCGACGAGUCGUCGCCCCAACUCUAGUCUAUCCGAUUUCUGCCAAUAUUCUACGUGAUUGCAUCGCUCUUGAAAUAUGGAUGGCGAUAUACAGAAUAUCAAGAAAUGGGUAGUGUUUUACCCAAUUUAUAUUAAUUCGAAGAAAACAAUUGCGGAGGGUAGGCGGAUCAACAUCAAUAAAGCAUGUGAAAACCCUACUUAUGCUGAGAUAUAUGAUUGCUGCAGCCAUCUGAAACUCCCAUGCGCUAUUGAGAGUGAGAAGGCAUAUCCUAGGGAUUUUAUGCAAAGAGGAAGAGUGAGGGUUCAGUUGAAAAGAGAAGAUGGGAGUCUCUACAAUCCAACCAUUUCUUCUAGAAAACAGCUAAUGCUUCAUGUAGCAGAGUUGGUCCCAAGACACCCUGGUCGGACAAAGAAACAAGAGCCUGCCUCCACCUCAACAGCCGGCCCUUCUAAAUCCGGGAAGGGUGGUAGAAAGAAGCGAUAGUUUCAAUCACAAACAUGUCAUGUCAACUUCUUUUACCUUUUGACUAUAUUGCAAUCCAGUUUCCAGUCUUCUGAGUCAUCUUAUUCAGGCCUCAUCCUUUCGGUUCUUCAACUGGUUUUAAUAUGUUAUGCACUGGGAUUCAGCAUUUUAAUGUCAUCUUCUACAGAAUAUGGGUAAUCCUUGAUAUAUCAUAUGCAGACUAUCUAUCUUUUGCUGGGAUUUAUUCGUGACUUGUAGUUUACAUUUGCAACAUCAAUUCAAAAACCGUGAAAACUUAUGGUUUGUUUGGUUUAA